AUGCCAAAUUACGUCAAAUUCCUCAAGGAUAUAUUGGCAAAGAAAAGAAGCCUAGGGGAAUUUAAAACGGUGGCCCUUACAAAAGAAUGCAGUGCCAUUCUGACAGAAAAGCUCCCUCAGAAAAUGGGUGAUCCUGGAAGUUUUACCAUUCCUGUGUCGAUAGGAGGGAAGAAUGUAGGGCAUGCAUUGUGUGACUUGGGCCCUAGCAUUAACCUGAUGCCUCUAUCAGUGUAUCAGAAGCUAGGGAUAAGAGAAGCAAGACCAACAACCGUCACCUUACAGUUGGCAGAUAGGUUCAUUACACAUCCGGAGGGUAAGAUAGAGGAUGUUUUGGUUCAGGUAGAUAAAUUCAUUUUUCCUGCAGAUUUCAUCAUACUGGAUUACGUAGAUGACAAGAAAAUCCCAAUCAUUUUAUGA